AUGAUACGGCUAAUUGGGAGUAAAUCUACAUCUAUCAUUCAAAGAUCAUUAUCAUUAUCAUCAUCGAGUGCAGCGCUGUUGACCAAUACUAGUAAUCAUGCAUCGACUACUAAUAGUGUUGAACAACAACAACAACAACAGAGGUAUUAUUCAAUUACAAAUCAAUCAAGUAAAUCAGUAACAAGGAUAUUCGAUGAUCAACAUACUCAAAAUAAGAUGAAGAAGAUUAUGAUUGUAAGAUCAUUAAAUAAGAAUAACCUAGAGGAAGAGGAGGAAUUUACAACUGUUGAAAGCGAUAUUGCACAUCAAUUUGAUCCAUCAAUCGUUGGAAAAAGACAUUUUACAUCAUGGGGAAUGAGAUUUAUAUUAGGUUUUAUGAUAGUUGGUGUAAUGUUUUUUGCAAGACGAUGGACACCUAGACAAAUCUCUCGAAUCAUUGAUACAUUGAAAAAGGGUGAGACUGUAGACCCAUACCUAUUAAACAUAAACAAUCAGAUUCCACGUGAAAAGGAAGAAGCCUAUCUUUCAUCGUUUUUGGCAUCGGCACCUGUUGGUCCAGUUUGUAUAGUUGGACCUGAUGGAUGUGGAAAGAGUCAUAUCCUAAAGAGAAUAGUAUCUUCUAGAAAGUUAUCUGUCAUUGUGGAUAUGCGUCAAAACGCCGUCAUGAGUGGUGACGAACUAUUGGUUUCAUUCCUUAAAAGUUUAGGUUACCUUUUACCUUCAAGUGAUCCAAUAUCAUCUGUAUUUAUGAAACAAGAUAAAAAACAAAAAAUCAAUGUUCAAGAAAUUAUUCAAGGUUUGGAAACUAUUUAUUUAUCAUUGGUAAAAAUUAAAGAGGAUUAUGAAGAUAUUCCACUUAUUGUCAUUAAUAAUAUUGAAGCUUUACCAACUUCUGAAAACUUUACUAGAUUUAUUGAUUGGUGUAUCUCUGUCACUGAUAACAAGUUGGCAAAUAUUGUAUUUUUAACUUCUUCUCAAUUUGUUCAUUUCCAUUUAGAUUCAAAUUAUAGUUUUAAAAAAAGAAGAUUUCUUUUUAAUAUUCCAUAUCCACCAACUGAUGUCAUUUCUCAAUAUUUACAUAAUGUAUUUACUAGUGAUGGGAAAGAUCACAAGUUUAUUUAUGGUGGAGGUGGUGGAUCAAAGAAUAGAUCAGUACUGAGUAAUCCCGUUUUACCUCUUGCCAAGGAAGAUGUCGAUGAUAUCAUUCAAACAUUUGGUUCUCAGAUGAGAGAUAUCGAUGCAAUUGUUGGUUUGAUAUUCAAGGGCGAGUCAUACGACUAUGUAUCGGAAUUGUUUAUUUCAGAGACAACACAAAAGAUUAGUUCAUUGGUAGACUCUAUGUUUCAAAAGGCAAAUCUAAUCGACAAUGACAGCGAAAAGAAAAACAUCUUUGAAAAGUACCAAAGAUUUUGGAAAAUGCUAGAGAUUUUGACAGAGAAACCAAAUAUUGCAGCCAGUAAACUCAUCGAAGAGGUGUUUCACGAACAACCAGAGGAAUUGGACGAAUAUUUUAAAUCAAACAUUGUCUAUUACUGGAUGAGACAAAGUGAAAUCAUGCCAGAGAUUGAAUUGUCUACAGUUGACCGAACCUAUGACAUCUUUGUUACCUUUUCCUCACCACGUAUUCAAAAUGCUGUCAAGAGAGUUUUGGUAGAUCACCGUUUCGAACUACAAAGAAACUCGAUUGACAAGUUCUUUAAAAAACAUGAUCUCAAAGACGAGAAAAAGGAUCUAGAAGAGGAAAGAACAGAAAAGUUACAAGAAUAUGAAAAGGUAUACACUCGGUUGGAAAAUCUAAUUGAAAAUUCAACUCAAUGGAUAAAGUAUAUGGGUCAAGAAAAAUUCGAUGAAAGAAGAGUUUAUUUUGUAACCAAAGAAGAUGAUUGUCUAAAGAAAAUAGAUCAUCUAACUUUACAAAUUGAAAAAAUUGAUAAAGAAUUGGAUGAUUUAUAA